AUGGGAAGAUGUGGGGCCCUUUGGCCUCCUCUGACCAGAACGGCCCCGGCGUCUUUUGUCCUGUGGCUUCCAGCGGCCUUGCUGCUCUCGCUGCAGGAGCAGGUGACCGCCAUCGGGACGGGCAUAGCUCCCGAACGCGUUAGCUCGCUGGCAGGCGAGAUCACCCUCUACCUGCCGGCUCCAGCAGAAGCCCUCGAGUGCGAGCUCUUCCGAGACAGCGGUGUCGGGGACGAGCCUCGCUUCGAGGUCUACCGGGGAGACUGCGAGGUGGCCGUGCGAGUGGAUGGCCUCCUCGUGGACCGCAACUACCAAUUCCAGGCUCGCGGCAUCAACGCUGCCGGCUUGGCGGGCGGCAGGAGCGAGAUCGUGAACUACAUCAGCGCCGGUGUUCCGGAAUGGCAAGGGCUGACUCCAACACUGGAGAAGGUCGGUGCAGAGAACAUCCGGCUGGGUUGGCCUGUGCCCUUGAGCGGUGGCUCGCCGAUUCUGGGCUAUCAUGUCGAUAUGGAGGCCAACGGGGACGGGAGCUGGGAGAGGAUCUACGAUGGCACCAACCAGCCCUCCAAGCUCACCUUCACCGCUCUGGGGCUACAUGCCUCCCUGACGUACAACUUCCGGGUCUUUGCGGAGAACCGGGUGGGCUUCAGCAGCUACACGGAAGCCUCCGUAAGGAUAUCGGACCUGAUGGCGGCGCACGAGGCGAGGCCAGAGAGCAUCCCGGUGCAGACGUCGAGCCGCAUCCCCAGACUCAGAGCCGGCAACCAGCUCGCUUGCCCGCUUUCUGCUGUGCAGCUGCCUGUCAAGCAGGUCGGCGGCCGUCGCUUCGUCUUGUCUCUGCACGACGUCUGCGAGUUGGACUCCACUGGAACGAUCUGUGUGCGAGUGGCGGCACCGCACCCGGACUACUCACCGGACGUGCUCGGGGAGCCCAUCUGCUGCAUCCACUCCCUGGACCAGAGCACAGGGCUCUACCGUUUCCCUUACACGCUCCGCAAGGCCGGGAAGUACUCCUUGCUGGUGCAAGCCAUCGAGCCGGGCGGCCUGCUGGGACAGUAUUGGGACAACCAGUGGCUCUACGGCAUGCCGGUGGUCACACGCCAGGACCGGUCCUACGCAGCCAUGCUGCUAAGAGGCCUCGAUGAGGAGUUCUCCUUGGGCGUCACGCAGCUCCUCGACGACCUUCUUGGCAAGGAGGCCCAGGCCGACGCGUCGCCCAAGCGGGAGACGGAGGAGGCCAUGCGCCGCAGCUUCCAAAAGGCCCAGGAGUUCUGCGAGGAGGCACAGAAAUACAUGGACCUCGUCGCCCAGGAGGAGGCCGAAGCCAGGAGGGAGACGGAUCUCAAGAGGAAGAAGGCGGAAAGGCGGUGGGAGAUGUCGGACACAGCCGACUCCCAGAUGUUUGUCAGCUCUGAUGGCUUCGAGGCCAUGAGGGUGGAGAACGAAGCCAGGCUACAGCAGGUGCACCAGGGCAUCGUCGAUGUGAUGCAGAGCCACGGAAAGCAGGUUCCUGUCGACCAGGUAGCAUCUCCCUUUGCGCAGACCAUCGACUUCAAGAGCAGCCUUGGAUGCACCUUCAUCGACCAGGAAGACGACGCGUCUCCGAUCCUGGAUUUCGAGCGGCUGCUGGAGCGCUGCGAGAAGAUGCAGGCCGAGCUGGAGCGCUGGGGGGACGUCCACGGCACCCCGCGAGGCCCGGAAGGGCGUCUAGGCCGCUUAUGGGCCGCCCCAGUCCCAAGCACUGGAGCCGAGUCUCUGAAGUCGAUAGCGCCGGGCGAAGCCUUCUUUCGCUUCGACUGGGGUUUGGGCGCCGUGGCCUUGUACGCCUCGGACUACGUCUCCGUGCGCUGGACCGGCUUCGUUCUGCCGGAGCACUCCGAGGAGUUCACCUUCUACGUGAACGCCGACGACUCCGCGAGGCUCUGGGUGAACGGCGUUUUGCUUUUCGACAAGUGGGACGAGUGCUGCCAGGAGUUCUGGGGCCACAUCGCCCUUACGGCCGGGGAGCUGGCGUCCAUCCGCCUUGAGUUCCGCGAGGUGGCGGGGAACGCCACGCUCAGCCUGGAGUGGGCCUCCUUCUCGACGCCCCGAGGUUUCAUCAGCCCUGGCCAACUCUUCAAGGGCCCCGUCAUCAACGGCGCCCCCGUCUUGCUGGAGGUCGCUACCGGCACGGUGAGUGCCGCCAACUCCGAGGCAUUCGGCGAGUACCUGACAGGAGCCCGCUGCCUGGAGUCCCGAGCCUUCUACAUCCAGGCAAAGGACACCGCUGACAACUUGCUGAAGAGCAACCAGGAGGUUUUCCAGGUCACCUUCAACGGGCCCGUGACCUUCACGGUGGUUUCAGCACCAGUCAACCCGGACGCCAUGGAUGGCCUCUACAAAGUAGAGUACCUCGUGAACAGGGCUGGCAACUACCGGGUGUCUGUAGCUCUGAACGGCAUGCCCAUCAAGGACAGCCCGUUCCAGUUCGUCGCACGACCGGGCCGGGUGGCCUCCGAGUGGUCCACGGUCCAAGGGCUGGGAAGCAUCGAGUUCACUGCGGGCACGGAGUCCGAGUUCGUCGUCCAGGCCAAGGACGCCUACGGGAACGCCCUGGACGAGGAGGUCGGUGAGGUCACCGCCUCCAUCGAGUGGGAGAAUUACGACUCCCUCACGACCAUGACCGUCCUGGACGACACGCCGCUGAACAACGCCGAAUUCGGCAGGUACUUCUACGGGAGAGCCAGCUACAUCGGAUUUGGCCAGUAUGACAUCAAGUACACUGCGCUCCGAGAAGGAACUCACAAGCUCUUUGUGAAGAUCAACGGCGGCAACGUCUACCUGUCGCCCUUCACAUUGAGGGGCUACCCUGCUGCGGCGCCCUACGGACCCAAGAGCCUCGCCGAGAGCGGGCAGCCACCAGCGUCCGUCAGCACCUCAGACACCGGGCUUAUCGGAGAAGCACACGGCGUGGCGGGUGACGAGAUUGUCUUCCACGUGCAGCUCCGGGACGCUUACGGCAACCUCCUGGCCUCGAGCCCGGCCGGGGCCAUCGUCGUGCGCGUGAGCUCGGCGCCGCCGGUCAGCCAGGUGGACGAGGGAGUCUGUUCGCCGAGCACCGGCGGCAGCACCGGGCUCUACGAGUGUCGGAUUACUCCCACCGUCAGCGGGGAGCGGCUUCUGUCCGUUCAAGUUGAUGGCGUGGAGAUCUCCAAACUGGAGAUGGUGCAGCCGCUGUCGCAGCUUACGGUCACCCAGGGCCCUUUCGCUUUGUUCGUCGAGCCAGCAGCAGUCUCGCCGGCGAACACGGCCGUCUACAACGUCCAAUCCAGUUACCUGGCUGGAGCGACCGUGGACGCUCUGGUGCAGCUCAGGGACCGCUUUGGAAACAACCGCACGAGCAGCUCGGCGACGCUCCUCUUUCAGGGGCGGUUUGGGCCAAGCAUCCUAGCUUUCACCGACAACAAUGACGGGACUGUGACAGUGAAAGUGGGCACGCAUCUCGCUGGUGAGCAUCCUCUGCAGAUCACGCUGGCCGGAGUGCAGAUCUCCAACACGCCGACUCCGGAGAUCCCGGUCCUCAGCUCCAUCGCGAGAUUCGACGGGACGGACUGUGCCAUCCCCGCUGAAAUCAUCGCAGGGAUUCAGCAUCCGUUUCAGUGCGUGCCUCGAGACACCUUCGGCAACAAGGUCGUUGACAACAACUUGUUCAUUCAGGCCGAGUUCGUGAACAUGGACGACUCCUCUGCGCCUGUGGUCACCGUGGAUGGCACUUACAGCUUGGUGGAUGACAACUACGACUUUCCCUUGGAGAUCGACAAAGUGGGCGCCUACUCUGUGGUGACACAGCUCUGGGCUCGGGGCGGGCUCAUCGGACGCUACUACCGGACACCAGGCUUCCAGAGCCUGGUGUCGCUUCUGACGGACCGCCCGCAUCAGGGCCUGGCCUUGUUCGAGUACACGCGGGUGGAUCCCCAGCUGGACAUCAUCUGGCCGGACAUCCCCGUGGCCACCUGCCCCGAAGACUACUUCUCCGUGCACUGGCACGGCUACCUCUUGCCAAAGGCCACAGGGCUGCACAACAUCCGCAUCGAAGCGGACAAGGGGGCCCGCGUCAUGGUGGGCUCCUCUUGGGUUAUCGACGAGCUGGCUUCCGACACCGCGGUCCGCGCCUCCGCGCAGGUGACCUUGACAAACCACGUGCCCGUCUACCUGGAGAUCCAGUACAAGCACUCAGCCGGUGCCUCAAACAUCCGAAAGCUGCCCUUCAGCUGCUUGCUGCGAGGGAGCACCUUCUUCUCUGAGAGAGCUCCGGCUUCCGGCAAGGCUGGGACGGCCUACGUCCGACUUUACUGGGCCGCCACAGACUUCGAAGACGAGCUGGUGCCCAGCAACAACCUGCUCCACCCGCUGAAUGUCUUGGCUCUCGACACCACAACGGUGGUGGUGCCGCAAGAAGCCGCGGAGACGUCUGUGGCCUCUGGGGCGUCUCUGUCCACGGUCAUCGCUGGCCAGGACAACACAUUCAUCGUUCACACCCGGGACGCCGAAGACAACCCGCGGUCCACGGACACGACCUCGGCGAUCACGGGCUACAUGGGCUCGACCCCCGCAGUGCCACUGUCCUUCAGCUAUCUCGGAGGUGGAAACUACACCGCGACCAUCAACCCGGUCUCUGCCGGUGACUUUCCGAUGCAUGUGCUUGUCAACGGUGGGCCCCAGCCGUCGGCGCGCGCCAUGGCGGCUCGGGCCUACUUCCUGGCGGUCUUUGCCCCCGAGGGCUGGCCAAGCUCCGUAGCGCCCGAGUACGGCCGCUACCAGCUUUGGGACACCAUCCAGCAGGUGACCUUCUUCGUGAACACCGUGAUCAGCAAGCAGGCAGUGAUGAAGUUCCACGGCGUUGGGGACCCCAACAAGACCCCUGCAGAGGCAACCGCACUGCAAAUGGGAAGGGAUCUCUUGGCGACGGCGAUCGGCAUGGGAGUGGCGACGCCGGCCUUCACGGACCGCUACCGCUCGGCUCCGCGGAGUUUUCGCAUGAGCGCGGAGCUGGUGAACGCCGUGGGGCACUUCGUGGAGAUCUUGGCCGCCAUCUUCUCCCGGAUCGUCGCUUUCCUCUAUCUGGGACCCGCCCUGUGCCUGGUGGCAGGCACGAUGUCGGGGGCGGUACGGUCGGUGAUCUUGCAGCACUUCGCCAAGGGUGGCCGCCUGCCUCCAGGACGGGACCCGGACUUCGGCGACAUAUCGCUUAAAGAGAGCAACCAGGACCGGGGCGGGAAGAUUUUUGGCCUCUUCAUUGGCAUGACCCUGCUGCUCGGGGCCAUUGGCAUCGGCAGCGGUGCGGAGGCCGAGCAACGAUCACUGGAAGCGAGUUUGCAGUGGUUCGCCGUCCUGUCCGUCGUCCACCUGCUUGGCAAUGUCCAGGCCGUGCGGCAGCUUGAUAUCGCCGCCCCCGCGCACGCCCCGCACCCCGAAGCGACCGGGGAGGCGAAGCCUGCCGGCUUUUUGCGCCAGAUGUUCCUCCCCAAGGGCUUUCCCAGCACUGUGGUGGAGUGCUACGGCCGGUUUCGGGCCUGGGCGCUGCUUCAGGUUCUCAUCGGCUACCCCAAGCAGAUCGUCAUUAACAUGCUCUUUUGGGGCCAAGUUUACGGCGUGGGCAAUGCCCAAAGCUCGCCCGUCACAGCAGUGCUGAUCGACAUCUUCAUGACUACCAUUGACUGCGUCAUGGGUCUUCUCUUGGGCCUUCCUGCUGUGACACAAAGCUUGGACUACAGCAAGAAGCGCUGGUACAUCUACUCUGGGGUGCUGGGUCGCUGUUCGGAGUUCGUCCAGCUGGCAGCGGCCUUGGCGCCUUCCAGAUGGUUCUUCCCCAUCAUAGUCUUGGCCCGGAGUCUUGCGGCCUUCAGCGGAACGAGCGGCAGCCGAGUGGGAGGCGCCAUCCCGCCGGCGUUCAUGAAGAAGGAAGAAGCCGAGCGCAAGCAGAUCGAGCUGAUCCACGUGAACGUGGCCAACGGAAACCAGGACAAACUGGUGUCCGUGCCUUCGGGCAUCCUUUCCAUUACCUUCCUCUACUACUUGGUCUUCUCGGGCUGGCAUCCCAGCUUGAGCUGGCAGAUAGCGGCCUACUGCGCCUUGCAGGCAUUGAGCUUCUGCAGCCUCUGUGGUUGCUUCCGCAACCUGCCACCACUGCCAGGGGAGGCCUUGCAAGAGCCGUUGGUGGGGCGCAAGGUUUCCGACGUCGUCUGGGAGGAGCAGAACGACAUGGACUCCGAGGUCCUGAAUUCCUACAGUGGCCCCGCCUCCAACCCGCCGGCGCUGGUCCGCUCCCUGAGCAUCGACAUCGUGGGCUCCCCUUUCACCACGCGAGUGGAGCCGGGCCCCACGAGUGCCGUGCACAGCCUGAUCACUGGGACCGGCCUGCAGUUCGCAGAAGCCGGUGUGGAGGGCGUUUUCUAUGUGACCCUACGUGAUGCGCAGCUCAAUCACAGGGGCGCCUCCAUCGGAGAGCCUGUGACGCUGGACGACAGCCGGAUGAACUGCGCAGACCAAGGCCUCGGCGUGUACCGAUGCUCCUACUUGAUCACGCAGGCCCAGACGUUCAACGUGGUCCUGCGGGUCAACGGGCAGCCGGUGAAUCCCGUGGCACCACACACCUUUCCGCUCGUGAUCAACCCGAAGCCGAUCGACUCCACGGCGGGGGUCAACUACGUCUAUGCCUUCACCACCUUCUUCCCCGAGAUUCGAAAAAGCACAGAUAAUAGUGUGAUCUUCCAAGUACGAGACGAGUUUGGAAACGAUGUGCCGGAUGAGGGCAACAACUUCAUGAUCUGCGAAGCCGAUGGUCCCGAGCAGCGGACGCCCCCUUUCCGUCCGCCGCUGGACAUUGUGAGGAACGGUGCGGGGCUCUUCCGAGUGAACCUGAAGCUGGACACCACUGGGCUUCACAAGGUCUACUGCUAUGCUUUGAACAAAGGGGGCAUCAAUGCCCGGUACUUCAACAACCGCUGGGUGGAGGGCGUCCCGGCCAUCUCACAGGUUGACACGGCCAUCGACUUCAAUUGGGGUGAGGGUCUGGUGACUGCGGAAUCCUCCGACUACGCCUCUGCGCAGUUCGACGGAUACCUGCAAGUCCUCACGCCCGCGAACUACACCUUCUACAUCACCGCUGACGACGGCGCCAAGAUGUGGAUGGACGACGAGCUGAUUCUGAGCCAAGACGAAGCCGGGCAGUUCCAGACCCGGCCCAUCUUGCUGACUGGGGACAGGCUCUACCACAUCCAGGUGAUGUACUACGAGCGCACGGGCUUUGCUCGCAUGCGCCUGGAGUGGUCCUCGGACCAGGGCUUGGUCCGGGAGGUGAUCGGCAAGGACUCCUGGUUCCACUCCCGGAGCAGGCUGGGGCUCUUUCCCCAGACCGUCCUGGUCUACGACAAGCCAGGACCUGUCGAGGCCUUCUACCACCACGACUUCCAGUACGACGUCAACCAGCUGUCCUGGGUUCCGCCGCAAGACAGCAGCGCCAAGCCCAUCCUGGGAUACCGGCUCUACAGGGACAACGGCAUGGGUGGGGCCAUCGACAACCUGAUGGCCACCACGGAUGAGAACACCUUCUCCUACAUGGAUUCGGGGCUCGUGACGGGUUUGGUCUACUACUACAGGCUCAUGGCCGUCAACGGCGAUGAUGGCGAGCCGGUCACCAUCUCCGCACAGCCCUCCGUGCCCCCAAUCAAGCCGGACCCUGCGUUGCUCAUCAACACGGCCUCGGGCAGCAUGACCUUCCGCUUCACGCCGCUGACGGGCGCCGCCUCUGGUUGGUCUCCCACCAUUCGCUACACGCUCUACCGCAAUGAUGGUCUUGGCGGGGUCCUGCGCUUCACGUACGAGGGAGACAUGGAUGGCACAUCCAUGGUGGAACUGAUGAUCGGUGGCCUCGUGGAGGGGAGGCAGUACUUGUUCCAAACCUCCUACUGGAGCCGCAUCGGGCAGAGUCCCCUCAGCGAUGUCACGGCAGUUGUCUGCUGCGAGUUCCGGAAGCCGGGCUCCCCGCCUCUGAACCUCCGGCGCUCAGGAGACCAGAGCAACGAGAAGAUCUCCCUUGCCUGGGAUGCUGUCACCGACAUCGGCACUUCGUCUCUGAUCUAUUACCGCCUCUACAUGGAUGACGGAUAUACGGAGAUCUCCAAGAACACGGCCUCAGGCACCACCAUCACGGAGUUCUUCGAGUUUUUGACCCCCGGCAACCCCUACCGCUUUGCCGUCGCAGCCGUGAACGCUGCUGGGGAGGGUCCCAGGAGCGAGAGGAUCACAUUGACGGCCUCGGACGUCGCAGGGCAGCCUUACGAUGUGGAGGCGACCUUCCAGUCUUCCUACCGCAUCGACUUGCAAUGGAAGAAGCCUUUGCUCACGGGUGCCUCGGGCAUGAGCGGUUACAAGGUCUGGGUAGAUGAUGGCAACGGUGGCGGAAUCAACAACUUGAUCUGGGACGGUGGGACGAAGGCUGCCACUUUGUCGUACUCCUGGGCCCCGGUCUUCUCGGAUGGAACCGUGGCACUGCUGGCGGGUCACACCUACCGCUUCCAGGUGCAAUCCGUGAACCCCACAGGCGACGGCGCCCGAUCCAACGUCUUCUCCAUCGUGGCGGCCUCCAAGCCGGAUGCGCCUGGCCGCCCGGGUGUGGACAGGGCCGCCACCUCCGCGACGGCCGUUCACAUUUCCUGGGCGGCUCCCUACAACGGAGGCUCACCCAUCCUGGGCUACAUCGUUGAGAGGAAGAGCUCGCCGACGGCGCAAUGGAUCUCUUUGACCGCGGCCUCCGACAGCUACACCUCCACGACCUACGUCGACACCUUCCAGCUGGUGGCCCGGUCCUUUUACAUCUAUCGCGUCUCCGCCUUCAACCUGGUCUCUGUGGGCGAAACCUUCUUCUCACCCGAGUCCUCGAUUCCAGCAGCAGCUGUCCCCACAGCUCCGACGGUCACCUUCGUGACUUCCACCGAGACGACCAUCACCGUAUCCUGGGACAUCCCAACCUCCGACCUCACAGUCACUGGCUUCCGGCUGUAUGUAGAUAACGUUCUCAAGUACGACGGUGCUGGUGUGAGCACCGUCCGCACGUUCACGCUGGCCGGGUGCACCACAGGCAACAUGCACGACUUCCGUGCGACUGCCAUCAGCGAUGCGGGCGAAUCAGGCUUCUCUGCUUCCCUGCCACGGUACUGUGCCAGGCGCCCCUACCCUCCGGCACAGCCGACGCUGAAGUCGACGACGCUCUCCACCGUAGAAAUCCAAUGGAUGCCUCCUACGAACAACGGUGGCAUGCCCAUCUCGGGCUACAAGGUGCAGCGCUCGAACAACGAUGUCUACUUCUUCGGCACGGUGCAGUGCGAGCAGCCCGACGGAAGUUUCCUCACGACGCUGCCGGAGGAUUUCGACUCCUGUCUCGAUUCGACGGCCUUCAUCUGUCCCCAGCGACGCUGCAAGUAUCGAGUGCUGGCCAUCAACGGUGUCGAGGACGACAACUUCGCGGAUGUGUCGCCCUACCUGGUGGCAACGGCAGCCGACCUUCCGAAUCCACCCACCUCGGUGACCCGCGACGACCCCCCAAUCAGCAAGACAGCCAUCGAGGUGCACUGGUCGCCUGUCACCGAAGCAGCAGAGACUGGCGGCGCCCUUGUCAUCGGCUACAGGGUCUACGCCAACACGGGGAUCGAUGAUGCGCUCGCGAUGGUCUUUGAUGGCUCCGGCAGCCCGUCGAUCCGAUCCUUUAAGCACACUGGGCUGGUGCCGGGGAGGCGCUACUGGUAUCAGGUCGCCUCGGUGAGCAGCGUGGGCGAAGGCUCCCGGACCAACAUCUCCACUUUCCUGGCCGCGGAGCCUCCCGCCGCGCCGCUGCAGCCGAGGUUCGUCACCGCCGGCUUCGGAUCAAUCACCAUUGGACUGGAUCCCCCGCCUUCAGAUGGAGGAUCUCCCAUCGUCCGUUACGUAAUCUAUCGAAACGACGGCACGGUGAAUGGCCUCCUGAGCACGCAAGUCUCAGUUUGCGACAUGUCCCGCACGCAAUUCGAUGUGCCUGACCUGCUUCUGGGCCGGGACUACCUCAUCCAGGUGCAGGCUCAUGCCGACUGCCCUUAUGGUGCAGGGAACUCGCUGCACGCGUACGACGCGGAUGGCAUAUGCGUGAACGACGCGGAUUGCACCUUGCCGGGAGCUCGGAGUGGCAUCGCGCUCUUCACCACCACCGAUGUACCGGACACCGUGACCCUGGAAAAGGUGGUUCAGGCACGGACGAGUGUGACGUUCCGCUUCGAUCCGCCUCCGGGGGAUGGUGGGAGCCCGGUCACGAGCUUCGAGCCCUACCGCGACGAUGGCCUGGGAGGCGACUUUGUGCGUGUCGACGUGCUCCCAACGAACUACUUCGAGAUGGACACCGAUUUGUCGGAAUCGGGCAACGAGUACAAGUACACGGGAUUGGUCACAGGCCGCAGGUACAACUUCUUCGUGGCCUCCUGCAACAAGCGCGGCUGCCGGAGCGGCGUCAUCUUCGGGCCGCUCACUGCAGCAGCCGCUCCGGACCAGCCUGAGCCGCCGCUGGCCACCGCCACCUCGGCCGUGCCGCCAAUGAUCAACCUCACAUGGACACCGCCAGACAACGGUGGCAUGCCUAUCCUCAAGACGGAGAUCCAGCGCGACGAUGGCCAGGACGGAGUCUUCUCCCUGCUCGCAGAGGUGGACGCUCCAGACUUGACGUACUCCGACACCGCGGUCACAGCCGGUUUGACCUACCGCUAUCGGAUCCGCAUGCACCACGAGCAGUCGGCCAGUGACUUCAGCAACCUCGCAACCUUCGUGGCAGCAGGCUUGCCCGACCAGCCGGCAGCCGUGACGCUGGUGUCGCAGUCGAAGUCUGAGAUCACCGUGUCCUGGACCACGCCAGCAGCGAAUGGGGCAGACGUUUACCAGCCAGCAGCCAAGAAGCUCCGGGGAAAGGGAAGGGAGGCUCGGGAGGUGGACCCAAAAAGCUCGGAGGUUCAUCCUGAGAAGGGACGACGGGCUCGGCUCUACGCUUACGCCCAUCUACCGCGCCGGCCUCGGUCGCCGCGGCCGCCUUGUGCUUUGCUGCAUCGCCAGCCGCUGCUGCUGGUAGGUGGUGCUGCGACGAUCUUCACGAGUGCAGACCUGGCGACGGGACGCUCCUUGGAUUGCAAGCGCUCGGAGCCGUGA